CCGCCGCCCAGGAAAGGUUUGCGGCCGGGCCCGGCCCCGUCGGGCACCGCGUGGGGAGGCGGCGCCGCGCAGCCAUGGCGGAGCAGGAAGGCCCUGAGAGCCCGCGGCGGUCGUCGGCCGGCAGGAAGAUGUCCCUGCAGAGGUGUGAAACAUGUAGCCAAGAGGAAGCUAAGUACAGAUGUCCACGAUGCAUGAAAUAUUCGUGCAGUCUGUUGUGUGUAAAGAAGCAUAAGCUUGCACUGAGCUGUAAUGGAGUCAGGGAUAAAACAGCAUUUAUCUCUGUAAAUGAUUUUACUGACUUGAACCUUUUGAGUGAUUAUCGUUUCCUGGAAGAUGUAGGAAGGACAGCUGAUGCUGCUGCUCGACAUCCUACUAUGCAUAGUCCAACAACAAAAAAACUUUUAUACUGCUUGAGAAACAAAGCUCGAAAGUGUAAUAUUGACUUGAGAACGCUGCCCGUUGGAUUUACAAAAAGAAGAGAAAAUACAACCACCUUCAAUUGCAUGGAGAAAAAGUUCUACUGGCAUUUGAAGCUCAUAUUUCCUCACUGUCAUGCUGAAUACACUUUAAAAGGGGUGCCUGACGAUAAAACACUCGCUGAUAUCCUUAAGCCGUACAUUGAUCCAGUGGAGUCAGAUCCUGUAGUUUGUCAAAGAUUAAAAAUCUAUACAGUGUCUCCUCAGUCAGAUGUACAAAUUUUAAUGAAAAUAGAAAACAGGAAACAAAACUCUAUCAGGUACAAUGAACUGGAUGCCAGUAGAAGCCUCCUAGACAAUUUGAAAGGCAAAAUAAUAAUAGAGUAUCCAACGUUAUUUGUGGUCUUGAAAACAUUGAAGAAUGACAUGGUGAUUCUUGGCCAAGAUGCCAGUGAACGUGCAGAGAACUCGGACAAUGAAAGUUCAUCCCUUUCAUCUGUGGAAGAAGGGGAAAUACGGGACAGUUCAUGACGGUUCUUUGAGGGAAGAGAGUGGAAAGAGCAUUUUAUUUUUGUUUUCAUUUUUAUUUAAUCUUUUUUAAUACAACUGAGUUCUCAGAGGUUUAGUUUGGCUUCCUUCACUAAAAGCAGCACUUCCUAACUGCCUAUUUUUGGAUUUAGUAAUGCAUAUUUAGGGAUGUAAAUAAAGAGAUGGGGAAUUGCUGGUUCCAGAAAAAACUUACAUUCUUAUUUUAUUGCGUCCUUUUGUCCAUGUAUCUUUAAUAAAUUAGAGUAACCCAAAUUUAAAGUUUCCAAGUUAAUUUCAACAAUGUGUUUUUCCUUUUACCCUUGUUAGGGGGUAAAUUGGUGUCUGAUUUCUGAGUUUAAAUAUCUGGUCAUAUAUUUAUAUUUAUAUGUGGCUUUCAGUCUUAAUGCUUAAAUUUCCUGAAACCACUGGCGUUUCAUUAGAUUAAUUUUCUUUUAGGGUAUUUCUUCAUCAUGCUGAGCUGCUACAAAUUAUCUUACUUUACUUUUGACUUCAGUCUUCUGUUGGUGACAUUUUGGGUGCCUGGUGCAAUACAUAAUUUUUUUUUCUUACUUGGUUGCAUCUCGUUUAAUGUGUUCAGGACAGGUCAAACCAUGUUUUCAGGGUGGCAUGUUGCUGUAUGUUUAAUCUUCUACCCUGAUCUUUUAAAUUAGCAUGGGUUUUACAAUCAAUAGAAAUGGAUACAUAGAGUGUCACUAGUGCUGAUAUAUUGGACUUCUAAACAAUGCUUAUGUUGUGUAUCUCAUAUUACUAGUUUACCUACUGAAGCCAGGUAUUGGAAAUAUUUACUGGAAUAUCAAUGAAAUUUACCUACUUAAAAACAAAUAUACCUUAAAAACCAAAAAAAGUCUUGUACUGUAUCAUCUGCUGACAACAGAAAUCUGUUGUUAACUUGUGAGAAGCUGUCUAGAUCCCAGAUCACUUACCAGUGUAUCCAAGUCCCCCGUGGCUGUGGGGUCUCUUGGAGGAGGAGAGCAGCACGUGCUGGGAGCGCUGUGAGAUGGGUCGGCCCCUCUGCACACUUGCACCGGGGAGCCCUCAGGAAUCACACAGGCGUUUGGGGUUGGUUUGCAAGGGUCUAGCUAAGUCAGCACUUGUAAAGUCUUAAGGACACGAUCACUUUGUAAACAGCUCUGUGAGGUUGCUGCUGCCAUCGUUGUUACCCCAGUCUGUCUCCUGCUGGAGACUAGCACCUUUGGGACAAAAGUUGGUGGCACGGGAUGCACACUAAGCUGCCGUGAAGGUGUUUUUUUCGGUCAUAAGUGUUCUUCCUGCCAGUGCUGACCUUAUCUGUAGAAAGACAGCAGAAAGCAGUGAAGGAACGUGCUGAGGUAGCAGGAAGCUGUGGCAGCAAUACGGGAGAGGAUUUGGGCUUCCAGCCCCUCAGUCUAGGCUUCGGGGCACCAGGCUGUCAGUUCUUUACCAGUCCUGCUGUGUGGAGAAGAUUUUUGAGAUGUUCAGAGUUUUAGAAGGUUUUUUUUUUCUCACUUUUGCAAACAUAUUGUCAUUAAAAAUUGUUCACUGUGACAUCUAGCUCCUGAAGUUUGGAAGGAGUGUCAGACCUUUGUAGGCAUGUACUACUUUUUCUCACAGAGGUAUCACAUGUCCUUUCCCUUGUGUGUUUUGCAACCCCUGGUAAAGCAGGGACGUUUUUCUUCUUGCCUGGCGGUAGCCACUUGUGCUCUAUUUUCUUUUUUAGUCAUUGUUGGUCCUCUGCCCACCUCUUGUUUCAAUAUUUGUUUUAUUAACCCUUUUUAAAGGACCAGGAUUCCUAGCUAUAGGUGCUGCUUUCAUAUUUUUUCAGUUCAGUGAAAGUGAAUAAGCUUUUCCUAAUCAGUGAUUACUGCACGCUGACUUGGUAGCCACAAAUUACUUUAAACCAGUCUUGAACUCAUUCAUAACGCCACCAAUAAAAGAGCAGAACAGCAAAACUGCCACAGUUCAUUUGCCAGAAAAUGUUUCAUCUGGAGUAAAAGCGUGGCCUUUCUGUUAAGAUUCAUAGCACACAGUGGAAAUGAGUGCUGCAAAUAUUAGUGUGGCUCUGCAUGUGCGUGUGAUUAGUCUUUGGCUGAGGAACGCAGAUUUGUAAUUUGCGUUACUUCCCUACUCUCUUGGAGGUUUUCAUUAAUUGCAUGAAAGGGUUUGCCUGCCUUUUUUUUCUUACAUAAAUCUCGUUUAAGCUUCCUUGUGAAUCAAACACAACCGUAAUUUGUUUUUAAAUGAAGAUGCUGUUAAAUCUGUCCUUCAGAUUUAAACCUCUUCCUACCUUAAAGAAGGUUUUAAAAAAAACUAGAACUGAAAUUUCCCAAACAAAGCUGGGAAUCGUCUUCCGGAGUUCAACCAAGUUGAGAGUAAAAGGCCUUGGUAACAUUUACCAGUCAUUCCCAGGUUACAUUUACCUAUUUUUAUUUAGUUUUGAUAAUGGCUACACUAGUUUGAACAGUGGUGGUUCAUCAAACGCAAGCCAAGAUGAAAUGUAAAUAUUUUUAUUCAGUUUUGCUAAACUUUUUCAAUUUUUGUUUAUAAAAACAAAUCAAAAUGACAAAAGCAUAGCCUUACUGGUGACAGGUGGCCGGUGCAGAUCCUGCAACAGUGGUAAUUCUUGAGAAGGUUACUGAUUUAAUCAAAGUUUACGCACUCUUUGGCUGGGUGGAUGGUUUUUAACACUUUCUUAGGCAGUUAGGUGAAGUUUUUAAUUCCCUUCUGAGUGACUUAACCCAGAUCGAGCAUCUUGUAAUAAACUGAAGAGAGAAAAAGCAUCUUUAAAAGCUGUAUUUUUAAAUUUCUGGUCAAGCACUUGACAUUUAAGACAUAGAGCUGAGGCUGCUUGGAAGACUUCAGUUCUGUCCAUUUUGAAAACAUACUAAUGUAAUCCUAUUACAGAGGGAUCCCUACAGGACUCUGCCUUGGUUCAGCACAGACAGCGUCUGUGAAUGAAAGCUCUGUGAUAUUGUUUUAAUCUUCAUCAUUCAACACCAGCUUGCGUCGAGUGCUUGAUUUUAUGCCUACUACACGUACUCAUUUAUUUUCUUCUCUAAACUACUUGUCACAGAAGGAACGAGCUAUUUGUGUGUAGCGUUGUGAUGGCAUUUCUUUUAAUGUUUAAACUUUCCAGGUUUCAAACCCUGAACCCUCACAGCAUGCUUGAGCUGAAGGACCAUCAGCUUACAAAGCAAAGAGUAAAGGCUCUUGUCCUGAAUGAAUGCGCUACUUCAAAAAAUUAAAAGCUUAAUGAAGUCAUCCCUUUCACAAGCCAUGAAGGACAAAAAUAGAGCAUAGCUAAGCGCAUAGCAAUAGCUGAGAGGUAGGGUUGAGUCAGCCGUAUGUAUGAGAGAACUUGGUUCUUUUCCUUUUUUGUAUAACUUCUUGGGGGUAUGAGGCGUAAGUUACUGACUUGACAUGGGUAAACAACGUUAUACCCCCUGUCAGUGUAACAGCUAAGUUUUGAAUGAACACAGCUGAAUUCUAGGUUUUCCUGUAUUUGUCUCCGCCUUAUGAAUUGUUGAUCCGUAGAGGAAAAGAGUGUCAUGCCACAAAAUGUGUGGCUGGUGCUAGGUCUUGGAGGCAUGCCGGACCAAUUCUUGUUACUCCAGUUGAGCAGUGCAGUCUGACUUUGCAUUAGGAAUAAAACAGUUCACUGUGCAAAACAUGCUCUCUAGUCUAAAAAAGUACAUAAAUUUCUAAGUUCACUGUAGUGCUGAUGGAAGUCUGACCUACGUGUUGUGUAUAAGCGUAGCUGUGAUUCAGACCUUGCCCUGCCAGAUACGGCUGUUCUCUGUUGACAUCUGUAGGAACUGAGAAUGUAUAACACCUUGCAAGACCAGGCUUUCAAAGAGUAAAUAUACAGCUGUGAUGAUGUAACUUCAGGCCGGAUUCGGUCACAAACAUUUCAUUCUGCUUUCUUAAGUCCCACGCUCUUUUCCUGAAAACAUUUAUUCUUCCUCCCUCUAAAGGAAAAAAUAUCUUGAAUUUGUGUUUAUGUUGUUGCUAUGACAUUCAGUUAAACUGUAUGCAGAUGCAGGUUCUGUUAAUAAGAGGAAAAAAAAAUGAACUGUGUAUUUCAGUGAACAAAGAUUACCCUGUGUUUGUGUUAAAAUGUUGCUAUGGCAGUGCAUAUGGUUUUAUUUGGUGGAAAUUUGUGGUGAAAUGGAAGGAAGUCACGUGUGUGCAAGACAAACAAGAAAUGGCAGCAAAACCAACUUGAAAUAAAUACUGAAACCGAAAGGGAAGUUGCAGAUGACACGUAAAACCAGGAAAAAACAAGGGUAGUUGUUUUGCUGUCUGUGGUUUGAUAACAGAAAUGUGUUCCCGCUGUGUCCUGCCGGGUCUCAGUGACCUGCCGGACAGUGACUUAGCUCUAGUGAUGCUUUUGUUGUGAGAGCCUUUCCCUCGUUGGCUCUCUGCAUUGUAACGUUGUGUUGGAAGCAAAGUUCUACUGGCUUGGCCUGAUUUCACCACUGCUAACUUUUCCUGCCGAAAAGCAUUUCCAGGCUAUCUUAUUGUAGUAGGCUUUUUGGCAGGAAAAAUCAAUAGAAUGAUAAAAUAUGGAAAGCCACCUUUGGGUCAAGGGGAAGUCUUUGUUGACUUACUGGCUCCUACUAGUGAUAGAAACAGUGGAUUUUUAUUUUAUUUAGCUGGCACAGUAGUCCUCCUAUUUACGCUACCUUUUGCAUUAGGCUGGUUUUUGCAUCACUUGCAUCAGUACAGCUGUUUGCGGGGUUGCGUGACAAAUCAGAGCGGGUUAAAAAUAAUCUGCCAAAGGAGGAGGGAUAGAAAAGAGAGGGGAGAGGGAGUCUUGAUUUAGAGAAUAAAUUGCUACGCUGGGAGCUGGCUAGUUCCUGCAUGAUCCCAGCUUGGUGGACAAAGCAAAAGUGUUUUUAAAAUCACAUUGCCACUUUCUUCCUGUCAUCCCAGUUCUGCCUCAAGAAGGAGGAAGAAGUGACUGUGAACUGAAUGAAGUGCCUAUUGCCUUUCCACUCCUUGCUUCCAGGUUUUCUACUGCAUCGCACUGUGGCCCCAGAACGUGUCCAUUUUGCCAAGAGUGCCAAGAGGGAGUAGAGCUAUGUCCAAGUGAAGUAAAAAUUCAGUUGGUGGAUGACGUACAGGCAUUCAGGCAAAAGAGCAGACGGGGCUGGCGUUAAAAGCUUGCCUGAGAAGCCCCCAGCACUUUCAUAUCUAAACUCUCAGUGGUAUCUCUUUGUUGACCUUUUUUCGCAACCUCUGCUUUCAGCUGUGCUUGGGCAUCCGUAUUGGUUUUAAUGGGAUUGUUCCACUACGGCACGAGUAUCUGCUUCUGUAGAGUAUAUUUUCCUGGUUUAAGUUCUCAUUAAUAGACUCGCUGGUUUUACAGCUGUGAUGUCUUGAUUUUGUCAAAUUCCUGAGCUAAUUAGGAUCUAACCUGGUUGGUUUGAGUUGCCCAAGGAAAUCUGCAGCUUCUGAGAAACUGGUGUCUUUGACUCAGCCGAUCUGCUGGGCUCCUUUGAUCUGGUGUUUAACCAGUGUUCUCAAAAUAUUGUGGGACUACAGUGCUGACGGUUCAACUGGUAUCUAUAAUGGAGUCCCUUCAUUCUUACUGAUACUGCCUUCAUCAUGAGGUUAAGUUGUUCCUGUGUCCUAGCUAGAUUCCCAUCUGGGCAAAUCUAUGCACCCUACCUUUAAAUUUCUUCUGUCUAGUAAACAAAAACCUUACAAAAUCUUGUGUAAUGUUUUCCUCCUGGACGGUUGCUGCAUUCCAUCCUGUAACUGUACUUCAAGACAGAUGAAGUUGCUUACGUGAAUGGUGCCUUGGGGUCUUUCAGGAUCUUCUCCAAUAUAAACUGUGUAUAUAGAAGUCAUAGCUCAGUAGUUUUUCUGGGGAAAAAAAAAUCAUAGCAUACUGAAUACCAUCUAUUCAGUUGCUUGGUCUGCAAACUUUCUUGUUUCAGUCCCCAAGACCUGUGCCGCUGUUGCUCAGAAAGUCUCCUGCGUACCCGAAGCUGUUGCAGAGCUCCUUGUCUGGCACGCGGGGGGUUCAUGCAGCUUCGGUGGACUGUGAGCGCAGGAAAUCCCCCCGCAGCAGUCCCACGGAUACACAGCUACUCUGCCUGUUCCCACGCAGCUACACAGCUUGUUCCCGCACAGCCUGCAUGCUGCCUUGGCUUCCCACCAGUAGCGGGGAGGUGGGCCUGAUUCCCAGGUGUCUGCUGGAAGGUCAGGCAACCCAGCGAGGACUGGUUUGCUGUGGGCUCCACAGCAACUUAUAUAUGGAGUUGAGAGGUUCUUGUGGCUCAGCUCAGUGAGGGUUAAUUAAUGCUUGGCUGUCCCCCUGCCAGUAAGAUGUUAGCUUUUCCUCCAUCUGCUGCUUGUUCGGGGGAAGGAGCUAGCAGCAUCCCAGGAGAGAGGAUUUAAUGUAAUCAUGGAAGUCUGCUUUCUGCAUCCUGCUGCUUUUGUUUUGUUUCUUGUGAUGCAGCACUUAAGGAAGCAGAAACUUUUUCUUCACUGCGUUGCCUUCAUUAGUAGGGAAGAUGUUAUCCGUAACCCUGAUAUUACAGUGGUUACCACCAUCAAACCCUUGUAAGUAAGUGCAUUGAAUACAAGACUACACAUUCCUUCGGUCCUGAAACUGUAGUUUGACAAAUGCUCCUUUUGGCGGCAGCACCGGAUUCAGCAAACUGCCCGGUGCCACCACUCUCCAUCCUCGGGUGACCCCAGCGCUUGCACGGGUGCCGCUGGUCGGGGCCUUGUGUGACAAACCCCAGCAGCUUACCAGUGAAGAGCAAAGGGCUGGGGCAGACACGAGUGGGAGAGGUGGGACGGCUGAAGCAGGGGCUUGAAGAAGGAUAUUUCUAGGUUUUGACCAAGAAAUAAAAUUACAGGUGUGCUCAUUAACCUUACCUGUAAGCCCUGCUGAUUGCGCUUUAUCAUUUAUAUUUUCAUGCUUUGUAUUUAGGGGUUUUUCUGCUGGAACAACAGAGGAUAUAAAGAUUUCAAAGCAAGUGCGAAGAUGAUACACAAAAAAUGACACCGAUUCCUUUUACAGUACUGGGACUUGUGGGCUUUAGUAGUUUUGCCAUGUAAUUGUGAAAUGUGAAAAGUGAAGAGAGGACUAUAUGGAUGACAAUCGGCUGGCGUGAGAUCCCAGCUCUGGAACACUUGUAGUUCAUUUUGGUGGAGUUUGGUUGGUUAAAGUCCUCUUUAUAGCAGGAUAAUUUCAUUAGUAUAUUUUACUUUUACAUUUGCAUGAUCUGCUUCUGCAGCCCUUAUUGCCCCAACAGUACGUUUUCCUAGGGAGCAGAUUACAACCACCCCUCUACUUGGUGAAACGCAGAAAGCCCAAAGUGCAGGGUGUAAAAUCCAGGGCCUGGCUAGAGCCACGCUUUAGGCAGGAAUUGGAAGGGCCACUUUGUGUAUGCUAUGCGUGUUACAGACAUAUAGACUACGCUUAUAGUAUAGCUGCAUGUAUAUGUAAUUUUUCAAGGAGCUGUUAGGUUGGUUUGAAGACGGGUGUCAUUCAAGUGUAAGGGACAGUGGGGAUGGUGAGGAGCGUGCAUGCAGCUGCUGUGUGUGUGAGCAGCGUGCUCGUCUUCCUCCCUCACGCAAUAACCCAACAUGUACACCCGAUGAUUUCUCAGUCAGCGCCUGAUGUAGCGAAGCAUUCAGUGCUCGAUCUAAGUAGAAGCCAAACAAAAGCACUUGACGGCAUUUUACACUUUUACUGUCAACAAAUACUGUACAGACAAGUUUAGGUACAGCUGAGACCGGUGGCCAGGUGGUGAAUUCCAAAACAGCUCACGUUUUGAAUGCCUUUGGGGAGAGAACUUGACUGAGCAGAAGAGAGAUGGCUGUAAUUUCUCAGGCAAAGCAUUAGCUGCCAGAGAUGAGCUUCUGAGAUAUUUGGCUGUUUAUUUUAUUGAAGUAUUUAUGUCUAAUCUAAUAAAAAGUUGACUCU